AUGUCCAGAUCCGGGGACCGGACCUCCACCUUCGACCCCAGCCACAGCGACAACCUGCUGCACGGCCUCAACCUGCUGUGGAGGAAGCAGCUGUUCUGCGACGUGACCCUGACGGCGCAGGGCCAGCAGUUCCACUGCCACAAGGCCGUGCUGGCCUCCUGCUCGCAGUACUUCCGCUCGCUCUUCUCCAGCCCCCCGCCUCUCGGGGGAGGGGGCGUCGGCCAGGACGGCCCGGGGGCCCCCAAGGACCCGCCGCAGCCGCCGCAGCAGCCGCCGCCGCCACCGCCGCAGGAGGAGCCCGGGACGCCCGCGUCCUCGCCCGACGACAAGCUGCUGGCCGGCCCGCGGGCCAUCAACAACCUGGUGCUGCAGGGCUGCUCGUCCGUCGGGCUGCGCCUGGUGCUCGAGUACCUCUACACGGCCAACGUGACCCUGUCCCUGGACACGGCGGAGGAGGUGCUGUCGGUGAGCAAGAUCCUGCACAUCCCGCAGGUCACCAGGCUCUGCGUGCAGUUCCUCAACGACCAGAUCUCGGUGCAGAACUACAAGCAGGUGUGCCGCAUCGCCGCGCUGCACGGCCUGGAGGAGACCAAGAAGCUGGCCAACAAGUACCUGGUGGAGGACGUGCUGCUGCUCAACUUCGAGGAGCUGCGCGCCCUGCUGGACGCGCUGCCGCCGCCCGUGGAGUCGGAGCUGGCGCUCUUCCAGAUGGCCGUGCUGUGGCUGGAGCACGACCGCGAGGCCCGCAUGCCGCACGCGCCCGACCUCAUGAAGCGCCUCCGCUUCGCGCUCAUCCCCGCGCCCGAGCUGGUGGAGCGCGUGCAGCCGGUGGACUUCAUGCGCAGCGACCCCGUCUGCCAGAAGCUGCUGCUGGACGCCAUGAACUACCACCUGAUGCCCUUCCGGCAGCACUGCCGGCAGAGCCUGGCCAGCAGAAUUCGCUCCAACAAGAAGAUGCUGCUCUUGGUCGGAGGCUUGCCCCCCGGGCCGGACCGCCUCCCCAGCAACCUGGUUCAAUACUACGACGACGAAAAGAAGACUUGGAAAAUUCUCACAAUCAUGCCCUACAACAGCGCCCACCACUGCGUCGUGGAGGUGGAGAACUUCCUGUUUGUGCUGGGAGGAGAGGACCAGUGGAACCCUAAUGGAAAACACAGUACCAAUUUUGUCAGUCGGUACGACCCCCGCUUUAAUAGCUGGAUACAGCUCCCACCCAUGCAGGAGAGAAGAGCCAGUUUCUACGCGUGUCGGCUGGACAAACAUUUAUACGUUAUUGGCGGGAGGAAUGAAACCGGCUAUUUGUCCAGCGUGGAGUGCUACAACCUGGAAACAAACGAAUGGCGCUAUGUGUCCUCUCUGCCACAGCCUCUGGCAGCUCACGCAGGAGCAGUGCACAAUGGGAAAAUCUACAUUUCAGGGGGAGUACACAAUGGAGAAUACGUCCCGUGGCUAUAUUGCUAUGACCCUGUGAUGGACGUCUGGGCUCGCAAACAAGACAUGAACACAAAACGCGCCAUUCACACGUUGGCUGUCAUGAAUGAUCGCUUGUAUGCAAUUGGAGGAAAUCAUUUGAAAGGCUUCUCCCACCUCGAUGUCAUGCUGGUGGAAUGUUACGACCCAAAAGGUGACCAGUGGAACAUUCUCCAAACUCCCAUCUUGGAGGGCCGCAGCGGCCCUGGCUGCGCAGUGCUUGACGACAGUAUUUACCUCGUGGGAGGCUACAGCUGGAGCAUGGGGGCCUACAAGUCGUCCACCAUCUGCUACUGUCCCGAGAAAGGCAGCUGGACGGAGCUGGAGGGAGACGUGGCGGAGCCCCUGGCAGGCCCGGCCUGCGCCCCGGUCAUCCUGCCCGCCUGCGUCCCUUACAACAAAUGA